GGCACAGACAGAAGCAGCAGCAGAUCACAUCCCCCUCCCAACAGCAGCUUCACAUCAUUCUCCGCCGGCGCUCCGUGACUGAACGACGGAAAGCAAGAUUGCAAGCCUCGCCAGAUUCACUCGGCUUUCCGUAUAACCUGUGUGCCUGUCUGUCAUGGAUAUGCUGGGGAAGAAAGAGCGGAGAGGCAGGGAUGUGAAGGGCUUGUUGAAGAGGAACUGGAUUCUCAUAGCAACCAUCACCUCGGUGAUACUGGGGAUCGCGCUGGGAGUGCUGGUGCGAGACUACACCUCUCUGUCCCAGCUGGAGAAGCAGUACUUUGGCUUCCCAGGAGAAAUCCUGAUGAGAAUGCUAAAGCUGGUCAUCCUGCCUCUCAUCGUCUCCAGCAUGAUAACAGGAGUGGCAGCACUGGACUCUGAGGUGUCGGGCAGGAUCGGUCUACGUGCGGUGGUUUAUUACCUCUCCACUACCAUCAUUGCUGUCAUUCUUGGAAUCGUUCUUGUGACGACGAUUAAACCCGGGGUGUCUCAGAGUGCUGAUAAUAUCGAGAGAGCAGGAAGCACUCCGAAUGUGACCACUGUUGACACCUUACUGGACCUGGUUAGGAAUAUGUUUCCUGAAAAUCUUGUGCAAGCCUGUUUUCAGCAGUAUAAGACGCAUCGCAAAGAGAUUGAACCAUCGAAAACCAACAUAAGCUCAAGUAACACGACUACAUUUCCACCGUUCACCACCAUUAUUUCAACAGUUGCACAGAAUUUGACCAAAGACUACAAGAUUGUGGGCUCAUAUUCAGAUGGCAUUAAUGUUCUCGGUCUGAUCGUAUUCUGUGUGACUUUCGGCCUGGUCAUCGGCAAGAUGGGAGAAAGGGGCCGGAUCCUGCUGGAGUUCUUCGAUGCUCUAAAUGAGGCCACCAUGAGACUCGUUCAGAUUAUUAUGUGUUACAUGCCCAUUGGCAUCUUGUUCCUAAUUGCUGCCAAGAUCAUGGAGGUGGACGACUGGGAGAUCUUCAGGAAGAUGGGCCUGUACAUGGUGACGGUGCUCAGCGGACUAGCCAUCCAUUCCAUCGUAUUCCUCCCCCUGAUUUACUUUGUGUUUGUGAGGAAGAAUCCAUUCACCUUCACUCUGGGAAUGGCACAGGCUUUGCUAACAGCUCUCAUGAUCUCCUCAAGCUCAGCCACUCUGCCGGUCACGUUCCGAUGCGCAGAGGAGAACAACAGGAUCGACAAGAGAAUCACUCGCUUCGUCCUUCCAGUUGGUGCGACUAUCAAUAUGGAUGGCACUGCACUGUAUGAAGCUGUUGCUUCUAUAUUCAUAGCUCAGCUGAACAACUACGACCUGGACGCUGGCCAGAUUGUUACCAUUAGUAUCACGGCAACAGUCGCCAGCAUUGGAGCAGCAGGUGUUCCAAAUGCUGGACUGGUAACCAUGGUGAUAGUGCUCACGGCAGUGGGCCUUCCUGCCACUGAUGUCACCCUCAUCGUCGCUGUCGAUUGGCUGCUCGAUCGUUUCCGUACCAUGAUCAACGUGCUGGGAGACGCCUACGGCGCUGGAAUAGUCCAGAAGCUGUCAAAGCGAGAACUAGAGAGGAUGGACCUGACUUCAGACGUGGACGCGGCCAACCCCUUCGCCCUAGAGACCACGCUGGACGACGACGAGUGCGAGAAGAAAUCUUACGUCAAUGGUGGAUUCACCAUCGACAAAAGCGACGCCAUUUCCUUCACCGAGACCUCGCAGUUCUAGAGGCGAGCGGCGGUCGCUGCUGAACAUGUGACGGCGUGAAAGGAGUUCAGAGAGGUAGGAGCCAUUCAUAAAACCAGUGCCAUGACUAGGACGGAAAGUCAUUAGCAAGGACAUGAUUGAGCGCGGACAUUAGCAAUACCUGCCCUUGCGGUUCUCCUUCCUUCAUUUUCCCAACCGCGCUCUUGAACUUACGUGUGCGCUAGACUGAGAGAAAACUGUGCUUCCACAGUUCAUUAACAUGUUGCCAUGAAUUAUGCAAAUUGCUGUUUUCUUUUUAUUAACGGCGGUUGUUUCCUUUGGUUUUGUACUAACGAAUAGCUUUUUAGCAGUAGGCGAUUUUCGUAUUUGUGGGUAUGAGAAGGAGCUCUGUGCAAUAUCGCACAUUGGUUUGAAGAAACCCGGCAGAUUAGUGUAACGUACGCAUGUUGCUAACUAGCCAAUGUUAUUAUACUCAGAAAACGCUGAUUUUAAGGUUAUCGAAAUUCGCUUUCAAAAAUUUUCUCUGCAAAUUAUGUUCAAGUUUCAAAUUUCAGUAGCCUAAUGUGUGAAAUGUUGCCAGUUCUGUAUUUGCACUUGCUAUUGAAAGCCAAAUGUUUAUGAGCUUUGCGUGUCUUUCAUUUCAGAUUUGUGCCAAAUUGAAUGUGUUAAUAUGAAGGGGAACAUUUUUAUACAAACGUUGCAUGAUAAGGACUUGAUGUGGGGUACAGAAAUUGCCUUUGGAAUGAAAAUCAGAUCCUUUGGACACAAUUAUUUUGUCAUGAUACUGAAGGUGGCAAGCCUUAAUAGUUUCUUCAGCAAGCCACUGAUUCAUUAUUUUCUUCUUUUGUUGUUGAAUCAGAGCUAUUCUGGAGAAUAUUUUGAAAAGACUGCACCGAUGAUGUUGUCAGUGCCAAAUUUCUGCCAUUGAGCCAGUUUGAACUUUCUUUUACAGUAUUUCAUUUCUUUAUACUUUGGGUUACAUCAGAAAUGAGAGAAAACGAUCAAUGUAAAGCAUUAAUGGUCUGCGUUUAAGGUUCUGAAACUGAAUAAACACUGUAAAGCACACCAUUGUACAACUGUAUUUAUACAGUACAGUAGUCAAAUUAGUUAUACUGUAUGAUUCAACAUGUACUGUAUGUGUAUCCACAAAAUAAUAAAGACAAAUACGUCAACACCUGAAAAAAUCCCUGAA